AUGGCGGGAGGCAAACACAAUGUCGGCAUCAUUGGAUAUGGCCUGAGUGCUAAGACCUUCCAUAUCCCUUUCGUGAACGCGGUUCCGGAUUUCAGUCUUUACGCUAUCGUGCAGAGAAGCCCGAAGCCAGACGACGAUGCAAGCAAAGACUGGCCCAACAUCAAGCCAUAUCGAUCUACGGAAGAAUUGAUGAAGGACGAUCAAGUCCAUGUCGUCAUCGUAACGACGGCGCCGGUGUCGCAUUUUGAGCUGGCAAAGGCGGCGCUGCUGGCGAACAAGCAUGUUGUUGUGGAGAAGCCGUUUACACCUACGUCGGCCGAAGCACAGGAACUCGUCGACCUGGCUAAAUCUCAAAACAGGAUUCUCACCGUCUAUCAGAACCGACGGUGGGAUUCGGACUUCUUGACGCUAAAGAAGUAUAUUAAAGACGGUACCUUGGGUCGCAUCGUUGAAUUCGAGACUCACUUCGAUCGACAUCGACCGGAGCCGCCAGCGGAUAACUGGAAGGCACAUCAUGCCCCUGGCACGGGUGCAGUGUAUGACCUGGGAACUCACCUCAUGGAUCAAGUUGUGAGUUUGUUCGGUAUGCCCGAGAAGGUUACCGGGUUCGUGGGGUCGCAGCGCGAAGUGAAUACCACAGGGCUGGAGGACUCCUGUACGGUGCUUUUACAUUAUGCUACUCCGAAGAUGUUGGUCACGGUCAAGGCGGGAGUUGUGAGCCCGGAAGUGAGCCAACUCAGAUACUGGGUUCGUGGGGACAAAGGCUCUUUUAAGAAGUUCCACCUCGAUCCACAAGAGGAUCAGCUUCGGAAGGAAGGUCUGAGACCAGGGGAUAAAGGCUAUGGGAUCGAGAACGAGGAUAAAUAUGGGACAUUGAAUAUUUGCAGAGAGGGCAAGAUAUUCAGUGAGGUUGCUCCAACCGUCGAGCCUGCGACAUACACGGAGUACUACAGACUUCUUGCUGCAGCGCUUGAUGGAGAUGUUUCUCAGGUUCCAGUUGCUCCUGAGCAGGCUGUGGGUGUGAUAAGGCUAGUUGAGCUCGCUCGGGAGAGUUUACAGCAGGGGAGGACUUUGUCUGUAUGA